AUGACAUAUACGAAAGUUAAUUGUGAUUGUAUUAUGAUUUCAUUUGACAGAAAAAUCAUUAUAAUAACUAUUGAAGAAGGUGUAUCUGGUUAUUAUAAUAUUUCAGUAUUGGAUAUUGAGAAAAUGGUUGAAAUCGUUCCUACUAUUGCAAUUCAUGGUGGUGCAGGUACAAUUACAAGAGCCAAUAUGUCGGCAGAGAUGGAGGCUCAAUACAACGCUGUUUUAAAUCAAGUAUUACUCGGUGGAAUGGAAGUACUUAAAAACGGUGGUACUGCAAUGGAUGCUGUUUGUGAAGCUGUUAGACUUAUGGAAGAAAGUCCAUUGUUUAAUGCUGGAAAGGGUUCGGUGUUCACAUCGGAUGAAACUCACGAGAUGGAUGCAUCCGUAAUGGAUGGUAGCAACUUGAAAGCUGGUGCAGUCGGUGGUGUCCAACAUAUUCGUAACCCUGUACUUGCAGCUCGUGCCAUCAUGGACAAGACCCGACACGUCAUGUUGAUAGGCGAGGGUGCCGAAAGAUUCAUAAAGAGUGAAACAGAUUUGGAAAUAGUCGAAUCAUCAUUCUUUUUCACACAAAACAGAUUAGAUCAAUUACAUCGUGCAAAAGCAAUGAAAAAAGAAGAAGAACAACAAGAACAACAAGAACAAAAAGAAAAAACAAAGAGUAGUGUUGUUAUACUUGAUCAUGAUGGUGCAAAUAUUUUGGCAUUGGAUAGAAAGUAUGGAACUGUUGGUGCUGUCGCUCUCGAUGGUAACGGUAAUUUGGCGGCUGCGACAUCCACCGGUGGUAUGACCAAUAAGAUGCCUGGUAGAGUUGGUGAUUCACCGAUUAUCGGUGCCGGUUGUUACGCUAACAACAAUAGUGUGGCGGUAUCGACUACCGGUGUCGGUGAGACAUUCAUGCGUACCGUUGCAUCGUACGACGUCUCUGCACAGAUGCUCUACGGAAACAAGACACUCGAGGAUGCUGCCAGCGAUGUCAUUUUCAACAAACUGCCGGCUGUCGACGGAGACGGUGGUCUUGUAGCGGUCGACAAACACGGUAACAUCACAAUGCCAUUCAAUACCGAAGGAAUGUAUCGUGGUUUCAUAAAGUUAAAUGAACAACCAAAUGUAUAUAUUUACAAAUAA